GCAUACGAUCACCAUGUCUGCCCCGACGGGCCCGCAGCUGCAGGCCAAACCCGAACCCUUCCUCGAACAUCUACACAACCCUCCUGCACCCUCCGGCGACCCCACCGUACCCACACCCUCCGAAGGAAUCACGUCUAGCUUGCCCUCCAUUGAUGUGAACGGCAUCUUAGAAAGCGCCGUGCCCGAGGCUUCGGCAGCGAAGGAGGAGACGCUCAUCGACACCACCAAGCCGCCGGAGCAUAUGCAUGUCGACCGAGCGGCACGCGACGAGGCGCGAGACGGACUUCCGAAGGAGGUGGAGGACAUCGGGUGGAACGAGCACCCGGACUCGGUCCCGUCUCCGAUCGUGAAGGGGCUGUCAAACGACGAUCUCUGGGUGCUGUUGAGGAGGUUCAACAAGAUCCAUCACGUCAGGACGGUCGAGGGACCCCUACCGGGCGAUCUGGACCUCAAUUACGCAGAGGACGAAGAGUUCUCACCAGAGAAGCUGCGCGCUACCUUCGAGCGCCUUUACAUGACCAUCAUCGUCGGUUUCGCCGCAUUCGCCAAACACGUCGCUCGCCUGCAAUCCUGGAACGAGCGCAACCGCACGAUCGCCUGGCUCGUGGGCUACUACGUCGCAUGGGCCCUAAACGUCCUCAUGCCGGCUCUUUUCACCCUCAUACUCGUCCUCAUCGUCUUCCCACCCUCUCGCACCUUCCUAUUCCCACCAGCCCCCUUAGCCGCCGUCUCUGCCACGCACGGCGGACUGCAGAAACCCCCUGCCGGCCAGCUGCACUCGAAGGACUCACUCACCGGCGCGCCCGAGGCGUACAAGGGCGAGGCGGUCGAGAACGAGGCGUCGGACUUUGUGUCCGGUAUGGCGAGUUUGGCGGUAGGGACGGCGGUGGGUAAAGGACCCGAGGAAGAGAAGCAGGCGGAGCAGGAGGGCGAUAAGAGCGUCGUGCCGGAUCCGACGAGCAUCGUGAUGGAGGCGGGCCAUGCGAAGGAGGUCGCGAGCGGAAAGAAGGCGAAGGCAGAAAAUAACGCGACGAAGGAGCCGGUUCAGAACGCGUUGUGGAGCCAGGCGAGGCCGGUGAUGAGGGCGGUGAACGACGCUUGUGACGCUUGGGAGAUGUUUGGCAACGCAUUGUCGCCUACGCCACCGUUUUCGUCCAUAAUCCGCUUUAAACUCGGCAUGAUCGUCGCCCCUUUGCUGCUCGCCUCGCUCUACGUGAACGAGGUUCUCCUGUACAAAGGCUCGACCUUCAUCUUCGGCAUCGUCUUCUUUGGCCAACCGCUCCUGAUGCGUGGAGCCGUCUGGCUCACCGAGAAGGUACCAAACUGGCAAUGGUAUCUCCAACCCAAGAACACGUUGUUGAAGGGCGUCCCGACGAACGCGCAGCUGGCGCUCACGCUCCUCCGUAUCGGCGAAGCGAACAGGACGCCGUUGCCACCGCCGCCGAAGCAGGACCCCGACCAGGGCCUGCCGUCCCGCCUGCCGAGCCCCGUCGACGCGGACGACAUCCCGCUCGACGUCUCCCAGCAAGACGUCGACGCGACCCAGUACGACUUUGCCGACCGCGACUCGGACCCGGACGCCGGCCCGAACGGCUCGCGCUUCCGCGAGGAGCUGCACAGCGACGAGGAAACGCUCGCCGGCGACCACCACGACGAAACACGGGGCAAAGAUAAAGCGCCGACGAAGAAGCGACACAGGAUCACGAAGUUCUUCAAGGGCACGGCGAAGGCGGGCGUGAGCACCGUGCUCGGCACGGACGCGGUCAAGGCCAAGGUCGGCGACCAGAGCGCGAAACGGCGUCUCGGCGUGUUGCCUAAACCUGGCGAGCGCUCCGAAGACGGCCCGACGAUCUUCGGCGCGCGGUACAACGGCAAGAAGGGGUUCGCGGUGAUCUCGACGCGCGCGUCGACGCCGUGUAUCUCGUUCACGUCGCGCGACCCCGCGGAGCGCGAUGGGAAGGGGAAGGAGGUGAACCCUGUCUGGACGGUGGGCUUGGACGACAUUAGGGAGCUGAGGAAGGUCGGGGGGCUCGGGUUCAAGGGACGGUUGAUCGUCGGGUAUGCGCUGGGAAUGCAGAUCGUGGAUGGGUUGGAGAUCGUGGACGGGGCAGGGAGGACGUUCGUGAUGACGGCCAUCGACAAAAGGGACGAGUUGUUCAAUCGGUUGAUUGCGAUUGGAAAGCAGCGGUGGGAGGCGCUUUAGACGACCAGAAGGCGGCGAUCUCAGUACGAGUGCUUGCC